CGUGGACGUUAGUCCCUUGGCAAACUGAAAUCGGCCAACAUUUCUUCCUCUAUAACGUCACCAUGGGUCGUAUGCACGCUCCCGGAAAGGGCUUGUCCCAGUCUGCGCUACCAUACAGACGCAGUGUACCCACAUGGCUGAAACUGACUUCUGACGAUGUCAAAGAACAAAUCUUCAAACUGGCCAAGAAGGGGCUCACCCCAUCCCAGAUUGGUGUGAUCCUGAGGGACUCCCAUGGUGUUGCCCAGGUACGCUUUGUCACUGGAAACAAAAUCCUAAGGAUCCUCAAAUCUAAGGGUCUGGCCCCUGAUCUCCCAGAGGACCUGUAUCAUCUGAUCAAGAAGGCAGUUGCUGUGAGGAAGCACUUGGAAAGGAACAGGAAGGACAAAGAUGCCAAAUUCCGUCUGAUUCUUAUUGAGAGCAGGAUCCACAGACUGGCCCGUUACUACAAGACCAAGAGAGUGCUCCCACCCAACUGGAAGUACGAAUCAUCCACAGCCUCUGCUCUGGUAGCAUAAUUGUCAUCAGUUUGGAUAAAUUAACUUUUGGUUGAAGCUCUUCAUGUGUCCUGGACAAUGGGAAACUAAAGUCCUCAGUUACUCAAUGCAUUGGACUUUGUGGAUUUUUUUUUUUUUAUUAAACUUUAAAAAUGUAAAACUGAGUCAGUAAUAAACUACAUGAUA